CUCUCCUAUUGAUUCUUCUCUCUCUCUCUCUCUCUCUCUCUACAGAGCACAUCAACAGGGUCAGGUAUAGUUGCAUGUCGAGCCACUUUCCCUAUUGAGCUUUCCUUUCUCUCUUUUCUCUUUUAGCUUCUGAUUCACGCACUUCGAAGUCCCCUACAAAUCCUUUCUCCAAUCCAGUUUCGCAUUUCAACCAUGGAAGAACGACGGGUCUUAGGUCUCCAAAUCUGCAAAAACCCAAGCCUAUCUCAAAUGCCAUUCCUAUUCUUUGUAAUAAUUCCAUUGUUAUUCUCCUUAACCCUACAUUCUGCAUUUUCCGCAGCUUCCACCCAGACCCAUUUCCUUCACCCAAAAGAUCGAUCUUCACUUCUGUUGUUCAAAUCACAGCUUCAAGACCCAAACCAGAGCUUGUCGAGUUGGGAUUCUGCUGCUGCUGCCGGUUCACAGUGCUCCAACUGGACCGGGAUCGCCUGCUCGAACCGGACUAGUCGGGUCACUUCACUCAACCUUUCUCGUUUGAACUUGUCGGGCCCGAUUCAUUCCAGUUUGUGUAAGCUUUCGUCCCUUGAAACCCUAAUUUUAUCCCACAAUAGCUUUUAUGGUUCAAUCCCUCCUUGUCUGGGUAAUCUGUUGAACCUUCGUACUGUAGAUCUUGGAUAUAAUUUGUUUAGUGGAGUUGUUCCUAGUACUUUAGCGAGGUUGAGCAAGUUAACUGAGCUUUCUCUUAAUCGAAACAAUGAUUUGAACGGGACUAUUCCGUCCUGGAUUGGGAAUUUCUCCGUUAAGCUUGAGAAGCUUGAUCUGGGGCUGAAUUCCUUUGGGGGAGAAAUUCCUGAAAGCUUGUAUUACUUGAGAUCACUCCAGUAUUUGGAUUUGUCACACAACAAUUUGGGGGGAAAUCUUGGUGAUUUUCAUCAGUCUUUGAUUUAUCUCAGCCUCGAAUCUAAUUCGCUUUCGGGUACUCUGCCUUGCCUUUUCGCCUCUGUGGAAUCGAUUUCGGUUCUCAAUUUGGCUAACAACUCCAUUGUUGGAGGAAUGCCGACUUGUAUCUCCUCGCUCCGGGAAUUGAGGCAGCUGAAUCUGUCCUCCAAUGGGUUGAGAUAUGAGAUUUCUCCUACUCUCAUAUUUUCGGAUAAGCUGGUUGUUUUGGACUUGAGCUUCAAUUCUUUGUCCGGACGGCUUCCAAGCAAAAUUGCACUUCCCUCUGAUAAGUCCGGGCUUCUACUUCUUGACCUGUCCCACAAUCAAUUCUCUGGUGAUAUUCCCCUGCCUAUAAUGGAGUUAAAAAGCUUGCAGGUGUUGUUUCUUUCUCACAAUCUUCUCACUGGUGAAAUCCCAGCAAGGAUUGGCAAUUUAACCUACCUCCAAGUCAUCGACCUGUCACACAACUCACUGUCGGGUUCAAUUCCUUUGACCAUUGUUGGUUGUUUUCAACUACUUGCACUGAUACUGGGCAAUAACAAUCUUUCUGGUGAAAUUCAGCCAGAGCUUGAUGCGUUGGAUAGUUUGAAGAUACUUGAUAUUAGCAAUAAUGGGAUUUCUGGAGAUAUCCCGCUAACACUAGCAGGCUGCAAAUCAUUGGAGGUUGUAGAUUUUAGCCAUAACAAUCUCUCAGGAGCUCUGAAUGAUGCAAUUGACAAAUGGUUGAACCUCAGGUUUAUCUCACUCGCUCAUAACAAGUUUACUGGGGCUCUGCCUACUUGGCUGUUCUCAUUUGAAGCAAUUCAAACAUUGGACCUCUCUGGCAACAAGUUCUCUGGCUAUAUACCAGAUGGCAACUUUAACAUCAGUUUGAGGUUCAAUGAUAGUAACUCAAGCAGAACAACGCCUGCCAGACCGUUGUUUACAUCAGAGAUUCUACAAAUAGAACUUUCCGCGGUUGUCUCCGAUAUCAAUCAGUUAAGCUUCAGUUAUGAUCUAUCUUCAGCAGUUGGAAUAGAUUUAUCUGAUAAUUUACUACUUGGAGAGAUCCCAGUUGGCGUGUUUGGAUUAAAUGGUUUAGAGUAUCUGAAUUUAUCGUACAAUUUUCUUGACGGUCAGAUUCCAAUGAUUUUGGACAAGAUGUGGAGUUUGAGGACCUUGGAUUUGUCACAUAAUUCAUUGUCUGGUCAGAUCCCGGAGAACAUAUCCAAUCUUGGAAACCUGACAGAUCUGAAUCUUUCGUAUAACUGCUUUUCCGGAGUCGUUCCUAGAAGACAGGGAUAUUGGAAGUUUCCAGGAGCAUUUUCUGGCAAUCCAGACUUGUGUGUGGAGUCCCCCAGUAAUGGGUGUCAGACGAAAAGCCUUCCUGCAUUGCCAAGGAAGACCUUUGAAGAAGAAUUGGAUGGACCAAUUUCACUCUGGGUAUUCUGUCUAAGUGCAUUUGUUAGCUUUUACUUUGGUGUCAUUACUCUCUUCUGUUCUGCUCCUAUUAGAAACUACAUUCUUCAAACAAAAGUUUAAUGUGUAUAUCCAUGAGGGAAAAUCUUUUUGUACAUUCCCUAUUUCGGGUUUUGUUGCUUGAUUAUCAUUUUAUGACUCUUCGUGCUCCUCUAGUUGUAUAAAAAUGGAAAUCCUUUAUCCUUA